UGCUAUUACCUGAUCAUUUUUAAAAAUAGCGGAAAAACUGCUUUUACUUAACCUUGAAAGCUUCAAAUAACCCUAAGCAAUUUGCUUACAAACAUGGUAAAUUUAUUUUAGAUGACACUUGUUUUAUAUCAUAAUAUUGUCUCUAGUUUGGACAGAGGUGCCAACUAUUUUUGGUGAUUGCGCAUCUUUCAUUUCACUCUGUACUUAAGCCUCUUUUGUUAGACAAGCUUGCAGCGACACCAGGCGGGUGCAUUCUUACUUUUCUGACAAGAAACAGUACACUGUACAUAGUGGGAAGUUUCCCAAUGCUUUAUUUAUUCUAGCCGGUGCUGUUCUUCCUCCCACACUAUCAAAAGUACUUUUUGGAAUGAAGCCAUUAUUAUUACUGUUUGUACGGUGAAUGCCUAAUCUAUAUUGAGGUUAGCCAGUAGGUGGUUCAGGAAUUACGUACUUGUACUGAUAUUAUAACAUUUCAUGUCAGAAAUGAAUCUCCGGAUGUAGACUAUCCGACUAUGGCUUUCGAACCUGUGCAUAACUAUAUUUUUGCCUAUAGUGCUAUCCAGGGGCUAUUUCUUACAUCAAGUUUGUUUGUUACAGUAAGUUGACAGGAAUGGUUAACCCGGGAACAAAAUGCAGACAUAUCUGAAACUGCUAAGUUGCUUUGUUUCCUUCAAUACCUAUGCUUUCUCCUACAACUUUCCGAGCAUUAAAUCUGUUCAUUUAAAUAGAUGGUGGCAGAAAAUAAAUGAUCACAUAGUGGAUGGAUACUGUAGCUUUCGAGUGUUGUUACUAUUCAUUAUAUGCCUUUCCUCCAGUGUGUUGAUUUCGCCUUAGUAUACUACCUCAGUUUUUAGUUCACAGUCUUGCUGCAACCUUUUAAACUGAUUAUUACCAUUACUUAGAGGCGGUUAUACAGCCGCGAACCUACCAUUCAAUUAUAGAACGGUAGUAUUGUUUAACUGAUUAAUCGAUUUUUCAUUGUAAGGCUGCAUGUUAAUGUUCUAUUUUACCCGAAAGUAUUUGGCCAAUUAAGCCAACGGUAUUUCCUCAGUAUCUUCGAUAGAAGUACGUUAGUAGCUUGAUUUUAGUUCUGGGACCUGAUUAGAAGGAGUGGAAUCACUUAACCAUUCCUAGUGUGACUUCACAUAAGCAGGUAGGACUGAUAAGAACGUAUCGUAUUUAGUCCGUCCAUUGUCAAUUCACUAGCACUUUAAUUCACUUGUACCAUCACGAAAUACACUCGUUUAUUCAUCAAUAAAGAAAAAACAGUUUUUGUUCAGCGGUGAAAGUUUUUUUCUCAACAGUUCCAUUUUCAUAUAGUAAACUUAUAAUUUUGUAAUUCAUCUACUUCAAUUCUACUCCGUUAUUGUAUUAUUAUUAUUAUUUUAUUCUGAGUGGAACAUAGGGCCUGAAGCUUCAGCUUUGAAGUUUCAGUAGCAGUGGCUUUUGUUUUUUACGGGGUGUAGUCGCUAGCCUCACUCCUCACCUUCAUUCUUCUUUGUCCGGUCCAUAUCAGGCUGGGGGGGAGGUAACAGUGCCUACCGACUGUGAAUCUAACCCUGAACCAUGUGCAUAGUUAGCAGGCAUUCUACACCUGAACCACCGAUGCACCUCUACUCUCUUAAUUAUCGUUAUUCUUAUAAUAUGCCUAUUGAUUAAACCACUUUGUGCCUUUUCAGUUCAGUCAUAUAAAUAAUACAGUACAGAUUGAAAAUGAAGUCGUUGAAAAGAAGUAUUUCCUCGCUAAACAAAAGCUGUUUUUCCUUAUUACUUCUGCAAUCCUUGUAAUUGCCAUCCGGCGAAGUAAUCUGUAUUCAAGUGUUGGUAAUCUGUUUCGGAUUAAACAGGUACAAAGUUAAUGACAUCAGUUGUUUGAGUGUUUAUAGGAAAAAUUAUUAUUAAUCAACUUAAAUCACUAUAAUUUGGUGGUUUUCAAUAGAUAAGAACCACUUGUCACAAGUCUUCCUCAUACUUAUGAAUUAUCCGUAUGAACUGGGAGGUGGUAGCGCAUGUCUUCAGCUCGUUGUGAUGAAUGCAUUUUACAAUAUCGGAUAUCAAUAUGUGAGGAAGUCAACAUUGUUUAUUGAGUUCAUUUGCUUUAGCAGUGUUUUAUGGCGUACGUUUCCUUUUGUUAUUAUAGCUUUAAGAUAUCAGAAGGCGGUUCCUGUGUUUAUCUAAUCGUUUUUUAUAUGCUAGUCGUAUUUGUAUUGUUUACAUACACAAAACUUAUUGAAUGGUAUGCGGUCGAACUGGUGAUUAAAUAUUCAAGUGUUCAGGUUAAAUCAAAGACUGACAUCAGUCAGAAAACCACUAAUUAUGAAGGAGUACUGGGCAGAGGUUUUGUUCCAAUUUAUUACUCUUCAACAUUACGCACCCAUGACGCCACGGGACAUGAAACCCAGGACCUUCAUGUUAUUGGGUGAGCCUAUGGAUCAUUCAACCAAUAUGACCACAUCCAGUGAUCUAUGAAUUCCAACUGAGUGUUGGAUUUCCAAAUCGAAAUAGUAUCUCGUUCAGCUCCUACAGACUUUAAAUCACAAUUAGUCGAAGAUUUUAUAUUCACGUCUUUUUUAAAUUUCAUAUGACUGACUACAUUAGUGUUUGGUUGAUUGUAGGUAAUUCUUCGUUACCAUUGGAACCUGGAGUUUUUUCUUUUACCGAAACUCGUGGUCAUGUACCAACUGACGAACUUCGUGCAGUUACAGCUUUCCAAAGACAGCGAUUAAAUCAGUUGGUUCAACAAUCUUGUCAGUCUUCAAACUCGGAGGAUGUUUGUUAUCAGGAUUCAGAAACAACCAGUUCUAAAGAUAUUCAGCUUAAUCACAGCAUAAUUUGUGAUGUGAAGCGUCAAGCUAUGUACACAUCUCGUAUUAAUAAAUUGAGUCGUACAGUCUACCAUUUGUUGUGUGGACAACGGGAACUAAUUCAAAAGAACAGACUAUUGGUUUCAUUGAUAAAUAAACAAAAUCAAAGAAUUCAGCAUUUGGAAACUGUUUGCGGUAUCAGUCCGACAGACAGGGAACUUGAAGUGGAGUCACUUUCAUUGCCAUCUUCAACACCAACUAUUUGUGAUUCGUCUUCGCUUACUACUACCUGUGGUCAGUCAACCAUGAAGUGCAAUUCAAACAACUCUUCAAAAUGUCUGGGGAAAAGAAAACGAACAGAUGAAGAUAUUAUAAAUUAUAGUAGUAAUGAUGAUGAUGAUAUUCAUCUUGGUGAAAAUAACAUUCAGCAUGUUUCACCCUCGAAAAUGCCAUGUCCAUCAGAAAUCGAAUGAAGUAUGUAACGUGAACAUGAACAUAUCAAGUUUUCCAAAGUCAUACUUACUUAGAAAAAGGGUCUGUCUCACUGAGUGAGAUGGCUGGCUGCUUUACUUCAACUUGACACGCUUGUUUUAUCCUGAAAAUAUAUGUAUUUAUUUUAUCUUCAUUCAAUAUUGAUAGCUUACCGUUUCUCAUGUAUGUACAUACUACUUAUUGCUUAUUUUUCAAUUCAUUUUUAGCGUUAUUUUGCUCAUGUAUAUAGAAUUCUGAUUUAAAUUUGCAUUUUGAAUAACAGAGUUGAAUAACAGUUUC